UGCCCGAUUCAAAGACCCAGAGCCUCCUGGCUUUUGUAUGUAAGCACACAAGGAACCGAAGAAGCCCCUCAAGUCUGCAUCAGAAGCCCAUGCCUUCAAUUUCCAGAAGUCCCUACUCACGUGACAGCUCUUGCUUAAUUGCCCUUUAAACUGGUUUAUGGCUUUAUAGCGGCCUAUAAAAGAUGAUUUCCAAAUAUGACAAGUGCUGCAAGGCUGAAGAGGAGAGUUACCCCUCCCGGGGCAGGGUGAGGAGCUGCCUGAGAGCGGGGCGCCAUGGGGCGAUACUCGGGAAGAAGAUUCCGAUUAGUCCUCCUGUGCGCGGUGAGCAUCCUCAUGUUCGUGAUGGAGCUGGUCAUCGCCCACAUGGGCAACUCCCUCUCGCUGGCCUCCGAUGCGUUCGCCGUCCUCUCCCACUUUGUGUCCAUGAUCAUUGCGUGGCUGGGCGUGAGGGCCAGCAGUAUCCACAGGCACAGGAAGAGCACGUUUGGCUUCCUCCGGGCAGACGUGGUGGGCGCAUUCGGCAACUCCAUCUUCGCCGUGGCGCUCAUGUUCAGCAUCCUGGUUGAAGCCGUCAAAAGGUACAUCAACCCCCAGAAGACAGAGGAGCCACUGCUGGUCCUCAGUGCUGGAGUUAUUGGCCUGUUCUUCAAUGUCCUUAACUAUGUCAUCUUGGACUGCUGUUACUGCACGGCCCGCAGGCCCCGGGGAGGCACUGAAGCAGGUGAUUCUCUGAACACCCAGAAUGAGUCAGAAGAGACUGUGAAAAAGGAGAAAAAGUCCGAAGCCCUGAAUAUCAGAGGUGUUCUUUUGCAUGUGAUGGGCGAUGCCCUGGGGUCGGUGGUUGUGGUGAUCACGGCCAUCAUAUUCUACGUGCGUCCCCUGAAAGGUGAGGACCCAUGUAACUGGCAGUGUUACAUCGAUCCCAGCCUGACCGUCGUCAUGGUUGCCAUCAUUUUGUCAUCUGCCUUCCCACUCAUCAAGGAGACUGCUGCGAUUCUGCUGCAGAUGGUCCCCAAAGGAGUUAACAUGGAAGAGCUGAUGAGUAAGCUCUCGGCCGUGCCCGGGAUUAGCAGUGUACACGAAGUGCACAUCUGGGAACUGAUAAGUGGAAAGAUCAUCGCCACCCUGCACAUCAAGUAUCAGAAAGACAGGGGCUAUCAGGACGCCAGUAUGAAAAUUCGAGAAAUCUUCCACAAUGCGGGAAUCCACAACGUGACCAUCCAGUUUGAGCACGUGGACUUGAAGGAGACCAUGGAGCAAAAGGAUCUGCAGUUGCUCUGUAGCUCUCCCUGCAUCUCCAAGGGCUGUGAGAAACAGCUGUGCUGCCCACCCGGGGCCCUGCCUCUGGCCCACGUCAAUGGCUGUGCGGAGCACAAUGGCUGUCCCCCUCCAGACCCGUUCCCAGGUGAUGGCCUCCGUGGACGAGCAACAAGAGAAGUGGCUAUUGAAGUCUCUCUGGACAGCUGCCUGAGCGACCACGGAAAAGCUCUUAGCAAAACUCAGGAGGACCAACAUUAUGUCAACAGCACACAUUUUUAAUCUUGUCCUGACGUACACAGACAGUGUAGAUGAGGCGCUCCGGCUUGUGGAAAGACCUCCGAGGGCUAUAGGCACUGGUCAGAUUUGUGCUGGGCACGCUCUGUGUUCAUCAAGGGGCUGGUUGUUUGGGAUGUUAACUGCAUGUGUCUGUUAAUUUUUAUGUGACUGUGAACUCCUUCACGUUGCCCUGGGUACCUCGUGCUGCUCUUCAACAAACUCACUGUUUUAGUUUGAACAUUUAUUUUAAGAAGCAAACCAUGCUAGUUAUACGUAUCAGAGACAUUGAAGGCUGGGACUCAAUGGUUGUGGACACAGGAUUCAAAGUAGUUUUUGUAUUAAAGUGAUUAGAUUUUGUGGCUGACUCUUGGGCGAGCUUAUAGCCAAGUACAUCGAAAAAACUAAAGAACCAUGUUAGCUAAUGUUGUUUUCAUUCCAUUAUAAGAUCAUAAAAGAAGAAAGUUGGGUAGUCCUGUCACUGCAGAAAUUUUGUUUUCUUUGACUUGUUUUCAAAUAAAUAUAAAAGGAAUACCAAUUCAAGUAGAAAAUAGUCUCAGAACAUUGAAGGAAGUAGAGAUUAUUGGGGGAAGACAGGAAGAAAAUGCUUCCUGACUACUUCUUCACUUUGCAGGGUGGAGAGAAAGCUGAUGUUUACUUUCUGCUGUGAACUGCACUGCAGCUAUAGGGUACUUCAAAUGUUUAAUACACAAAAUGCUUUUUUUUUUUUUCACUUGGAAGUGUGGGAAUAUUUCUACUCCUAAAGUAUGGCACAAUACUUAUAUUCUGGCUUGUAGAAUCAGUCCAUUUGGGACUGUCUUCAUUUACUGCUUCCUGACCAAAUUAUUUGUCCAAAUUUCCUUUGAGUCUUCUUUUAUCUGAUCAUGUUGAUAUAUGUAGCAUUUACCAGGAGAAAAAUGGAUAUUUCUGGGAGAGAGGCAUAUAUGACACUGAGUAUUCAUUCCUGCCAAAACUAAGCUAGGUUGACUUUUCUUCCAUUCAACAUAUUUUAAAGUAUUUAUUAUAGUUGCCAACUAGUAACUUCAUGGAAAAGUGUAGGGAGACCCUGAUGGGUUGAAAAGUUGACAAAGACCAUCUCUUCAUCUCUAGACGCUGAGCCCUUUGCAAAUCUGUGCAGUACUCAAACAGAAAUCCUGGGCUGGUCAUGCAAAAAGCACCCACAUUUUCCAGCACUAAUAUAUUUAAGCAAAUGUCUGAGUGUUCAUUCUAAGGCUGAAAUAAGUAAGCAACUGUGAUCAGUAGGAUAAGAAUUUUUUUCAUUCCUUGAAAAUUUAUUAUCUGAGUUUAAAUUGGCAAUGAAUUAGGUUAAAUAUGUUUUUAUCCCUAAGAGUUUGUUGGACUAGUCUAUAGAUACUAUAUAGCAAAAAAAGGGGUAAAAUAUAAGACAGCGUUUUUAUUUUUAAUAUUAAAAGUACAUCAUGCUCUCACAAAACAACCAGGGGAUUCUCUUUGAAACUCACCACGGUGAUAAAUGGACCAAAUUCUAGACAGACGUUGGUUGCGAUGCCUGACUGGUGCCAAAGAGGAAGUCUGACCCUCACUUCCAAUUGGUUCCCAUCAUUCUGCUUCUUAUUAGAAGGGAAAGAUUAUAAUUUUCUACUUUCUGGGCCCCUGGCUAAAGAAAUGCAGACUAGUUUACAUCCAGAUUCUUUACUUCUCUAAAGUAUUUUUAGGAAAGAAAAAGGCACUAAACUUAAACAUAACUAAAUUUACCACAGAGAUAUCUUGAUGACCCCUUAAUCACAUACCACGUUACAGAGUAGAGUCAUUGUGAAAUGAUCCCCUUUAAGACAGCUGGAGUACAUUUAGUCAGUUCGAAUACGCUCCUUAGGUGCAAUAUUUUCAUAUGGACUCAAGUGGUUUUCUAUGUCAUCUUAGGCAACCGUGAUGCCUGCAGUACAGUGUUUUUACUGGAGUUUUACUCUCCCUUUAGCUGUCCUGCAUUUUAAUUGCAGCAACUUUCCUCUCCUCUGUGAAUCAGCCUUGCCUGGUGGCUGCAGGUCCUGAUGAACAGUGGCUUUACCUAACACUGUUUCCCUCUGAGAUUAGAAAAAUGCUGUCAUUUUGCUUUUUAGUGUUCCUGUGUGCUUGUUAGUUCCAGAAAUUUCUCUCUCUCUGUCUUUUUUUUUUUUUUAAAGAAAUGAAAAUAAUUUUUUAAAAGUCUAUGGCAUCCUCUGUGGGUCUCCAGACAUUGCCACAGUCCCCUGGAGGCAAAUUUGUCUCUAGUUCUGAGUCACUGACUUAACCUAAGGGUAGUUGAGAAUUAUUGCAGACAAAAAAGUCCCUCCAGAGCCCUGUAUUCAUUUUAAUAGAAUCAGUUCCGCAGAAUUCAUUCUUUUAAAAAUAUCUUUUAGGGAUGCCUGGGAUGGCUCAGCUGGUUAAGGGUCUGACUCUUAAU